CGGUGGAAGGAGGGGUGGGGUUAACUGCAAGGGAGGGGGUGAUUCGAACUUUGGGUGUGCGUGGAGGAGCCAACCUUCCCUCAAUGAGUUAACUCUUUCCUCUCCGAGGAGAAAGAAACCAUCUUUAACUCGUUCGGGACUGGAGAGUUUUUCGUAGCUGAAGCUUGGGACGGAAAUAUUUUUCAAGUGAUUUUUGAAGUCCAGAUUGUUGAGAAAAGAAGAUCUGUUACACACAGAGACUCUUGGCAUUGGAAUUGCCUUCAACUUUUUCGUGCCUGAAUUGUUAACCCUUGAUUGUGUGGAUUUGGACAUUUAACAUUUUUAUCACCUACGCUGGAGUGAGAACCCUGCUGCUUAACUCUUCAGUGGCCUUUUGCCUCUCGUAUCUUCAUUUUAUACAUACAUAUAUAUAUAAUUAUUGUUGCGUACCAGGUGUCUCAAGGACAUUCUGACACUCUUGCGGUGGCUCGUUCUUUAGCUGGAACUCUCUCUUUUUGGCCUUUAAUCUUUUUUAUAAUUUGAGAUGUGCAUCUUUUCUACAGUGUGACAAACAGGAGAAGUAGAAACUGGAGGGAAAAAAACGGAUGCUACCACACUUCUCGGAAGAACUCACAGUUCCUGUGGUUGGAGAAAGCCAAAGUCUGGUUGCCCCAGGGAUCAAUCAGAUUGAGGACCAGGCAUUUGGUGCAGCUGCAGACACCCAAGAUGCAGGGGAUGGAGAGCAACCAGACCUACAGGAGCAGGAAUACUGUGGGUCUUUUGACCAGAGUUGCAGAUCCCAGUCUGGUGGAGAAGAGGAAAAACAGCUGGGCAAAAAGAAACAUAGGAGGCGCCCUUCAAAGAAGAAGAAACAUUGGAAGCCUUAUUACAAACUCAGCUGGGAAGAGAAGAAGAAGUUUGAUGAGAAGCAGAGUCAACGGGCUUCCAGGAUGCGGGCAGAGAUGUUUGCUAAAGGACAGCCUGUUGCACCAUACAACACCACACAGUUUUUGAUGGAGGAUCAUGAUCAAAAAGAACCGGAUUUGAAGACAAGCCUUUAUCCCAAAAGAUCUGCCACCAAGUCAGAUGAAACCAGUGAGGAAGAGUUUGUGGAAGAAGAGGAUGGGGGUAGUGAUGGGAUGGGAGGGGAUGGUACUGAAUUCCUUCAGAAAGAUUUUUCAGAGACAUAUGAGAGAUAUCAUGUAGAGAGUCUGCAGAAUAUGAGCAAACAGGAAUUGAUCAAGGAAUAUUUGGAGUUGGAGAAGUGUCUUUCCAAGAUGGAGGAGGAGAACAACCGCCUACAGAUGGAGAACAAGAAAUUUUCAGGGGACUCAACAGAGGACCCCAGGGUAAGUCAGUUAGUAGAGGAACUGGACAAGUUGAGAGCUGAGAACCAGAAACUCUUGAAAGAAAAGGAACCUGGCAGAGAACAAGAGAACAAUUUCUCUAAACUGGGAGAAUAAAACUGAACAUUUUCUGAGGACAUGUGGAAUUGGACAGAAACCAUCCCAAGAUGCUGUAUUCAUAUUGUGGGAGUACAUGUGUGUAUGUGUACACACACACACAGACACACACACAAACAGGACUUUAUGUGAUCUAAUCAGAAUAAAUUCACAAUCUUACACUGGUUUUGAAGAUAGUUCUAAUAUAGUGCGUGCUCUUUUUUUAAUUAUGUGUAAUCAAGGGGUUUGGGAUUUGUUUUUUAAAAUAAAGAACACAGAACAUCCAGCAUUCCUAGGAAAAUUUCUAAAAGUUCAUCGGACUCAUACAGAAACAGAAUUUGUGAUCCUUGUAAAGGAGAGACAUUGGUGAAGAGGGAUGGGGCACGGGAAGGGACAUGUAAAAUAGUCACAUUCUGGAAAAAACGCUAUCCUGAUUCAUGAAGAGAGUUUAAAUAAAGUGAAGGUCAUGUCA